AAUCUCCGCCGGAAAAUUAAUGCAGGACAAAUCAAUGGUGUCGCAAAAUCGCCAAUAGUUUACGACGGUCGUAAAUUCGGCGCGCAAAAGGUUAACCGAUUGACACAGCUUCCACAUCAGCGAUCAGUCGCCGAGAACCGUUUGUUUGCGCGAAAUGUGGCUCAUAGUGCUUACGCUGUUCUAUACCGUAAUCUGGCCUACAGGAGUCAGUGCUGAAGAUGAGGGUUCCGUAAGAAAUUACGAUGGGUACAAAGUCUACAACUUAACGAUCGACUCAUCAACGAAAUUGAAUUUUAUCAAAAAAUACGACGGUCUUGACGGUUAUGACUUCUGGCUGCUACCACAGCGCGGAAACGCGCAUCUCAUGGUGGCUCCGGAGUUUCAGUCCGACUUUCAAAAAGAUUUGAAGAAGAAUCGCAUAGUCUACUCGAUCAUAAACGAAGAUGUCGGCGAAUCGAUACAGCAGGACGCAGAAGCCGAAGAGGGAGUCGCCAGAGCAUUCGAAACUCCCGGUCCAUUUAAUUUUAAGUACUUCCCGAGGUAUCAGGAGAUCAGAAAUUUCAUCAAAGCCUUGGUAAAUAAACGCAAGUACAGUCGGAUGAUCAAAAUCGGGACCAGCUACGAGGGCUGGCCGAUCUACGGCGUAGAGGUGAUGAAGUCUCCGGACAAGCCGGUGUUCUUCAUCGAUGCCGGAAUUCACGCUCGCGAGUGGGCGGCUCACAUUUCGGCGCUGUAUAUCAUUAAGAACGUCGUGGAGAGCGAGGAGAAAUUCGCUGACAUGAUGACUUUUGUGAUUAUUCCCUGCUUGAAUCCUGACGGCUACGAGUAUUCUCAUACUACCGACAGGCUGUGGCGGAAGUCCAUGUCGCUGCACACGACCUCCCAAUGCAAAGGCGUCGAUCUCAAUCGCAAUUUCGACUCUCACUGGGGAGAAUUCAGAUCGGAGAAAAAUCCGUGCACCGAAAUUUACGGAGGACCAGAACCAUUCAGCGAGCCGGAGACUAGUGCUCUUCGCGAUUCGAUCCUGAAAUAUAAACCUGUUGCAUACGUUACGAUACACAGCUUCGGUCCACUGCUGAUUUAUCCAUAUGGAUACACAAAAGAUCUUCCUCCAAAUUGGAGAACUUUACAUCGUAUAGCGACUAAAACAGCUCAAAACAUCAAAAAGGUUAAUGGCACGAACUAUGUCGUUGGAAGCGCAGCCAGAGUGCUCUAUGUUUCGUCUGGCGGAAGUGAUGACUGGGCGUAUGACAAAGCAGAAGUGCCCAUCGUAUAUACAAUGGAGUUACCUGAGUACGAAAAAAAUUCGUUCAUAGUGCCAAAAAAAUAUAUCAAGUCACUUAUCACGGAAACUUACGUGGGAUUCGCUACUCUACUUCAAAAUAUUUACUUAAAAUACGGCGUAUGAAACCAGAUUGUUGAAAAUUAAUUUUGUUGUUCUGAAAUUGGUUUUAUUUACUUAUAUCUGCAUCUUUUUACGUACAAAGUCUCGGCGUCAUUGUAACGCUCAUCGAGACGAAACAAAAAAUGUCAUCAAAACGAAACAAAAAUCAUGAACAUCGUGAACAAUUAAAGUGAUUUUAAAAACUAAAUAUAUUUUCUACAUUCCAUUAAUCGUGUGAAUGAUCUGAAUAAAAAAAUACUUUUGUCUCC